CGUACACAUUAAUAACAAAAAAACACGAUGUGUUUUGUUUCAGAUGAUGACGGUGAUGUGAUGCAGCACACUGCGACGAUCACGUUCCCGAUUGAUGAGACGAUGGUGCGCGGCAGCGGCGGACGCGUGACUGUCAUCAAAUCGGUGGCGCGAAUCUAUGCGGACGCCCCCCAUAUACGGAUCCACGUGUACGGCCGCCUGCUAAAGUCAGCCGUUGCCGUAUCACGGGAAACCCCGUCUCUUGUCGCCGACCUCACGAGCGGCGGCGGCGGUGGACGGUGGAUGGACGUGGACGUCACUCGCCUAUUGCGGCCGCGGAAACAUCACCACGGUGGUGAUGCGACAUCCACGUCCUUGGAACUGUCGUUGCGGUAUUCAGCAACGGCUGCCGGAUCGAUCCAUUUUGGAAACGAAACGGACACCGAUGACGGUCGACAUCCUGUUUUGCAUGCUUUCAUGGACGGAGCGGUUGAUGGCAGCGCGCGUUCGGCAACCGUCCGAUGCUCCGGCGAAACGAAUCGGAAAAAACGAGACGGCGGCGGUAGUCGCGGUCGAGGUAAAAAACGUCGUCGGCCGGCCUCGUCUGGCCGUGUCCGUCGGACCGACUGCAAGGUCGAAACGUCGGUGGCUGCGGGCAACGACAACGGGACCGAGCGUGGCGGCGGCGGCGGCGGCGGGAACAAAUGUUGCCGGGAACAGAUGCGUGUCGUUUUCGCCGACAUUCCGGGAUUCGAUUUUAUCGUCGAACCCAAGUGGUUCGAUGCGGGCCUUUGCCGGGGACGGUGCCCGGCAAAGUACAAUCCUGCCACCCGGCACGCAUUCAUCCAGAGCCUGUUGUGGAAACAACACAACAACCGCCGUGGGGGGGUCACCGGUGGGGAGAGGCGUUCUCGGAGAAAGGUCCGCCACGGCGGUGGUAGCGUGGUGGCAGCCACGACAAAGGCCCCUCAACCACCACCCAAACCGUGUUGCGCUCCCAGAAAACUCGACCGGUUGCAGAUCAUUCACGUUGACGAGUCAGACCCGAGCUCACUGAAGGUGACCACGUGGAAAGAAAUGGCCGUCGUAGAAUGUGCUUGUUCGUGAUCGAUGUCUUUCGGGUUAAGUUUGACGACAGUGCACGAUGAAAGUGUCCCAUCCGACACCAACCCCUUCGCCGAUUACAGUAUUAUUUCAUUGUUGUUAUAAUCGAGCAUGGGUAAACAUUAAUCAUCGUAUGCGAUGUAUGAAGUCCCGCUCGGAAUGGUUUUUUCUCCUCCCUUAUCAUCGCUUAAUUUUAUUGUUUUUCGCGUUUUCUAUAAUAUACCUAUACUAUGUUUGGUCAUUCAAAUAUUUAAUAAUGAUGUACAAAUUUCAAAAUGAUUUUUGAUCCCGCCAUUUCAAAGAUAAUAAUAUUUUGGAUGACGAUUUCGUAGACGGCAAAUCAAAAAUCAUGAACUACUUGGUGCGUUUCAUAUAGAGUAUUUUUAUUUAUUUAUUUAUUUAUUUAUUUAUUUAUAAUAAACACAAAUAGUCAAUAUAGUUUUUCGGUAUCACACAAGUGUUGAAAAAUUCCGUAACGUCUAUAAGGGGUGGCCAUGUAUAAAUAAUGACUAGAAGACGAACCCGAAUGUUUAACAUUUAUUAUAGCCCUAUAAUAGGUAAUAAGGAAAGAUUUGUUGAUCUCGGCGCCGCGGCCGCAUAGUGUUUAAGCAAUUUAACAAAUAUUACGUAUUAUGUAUGCGAUUUAUGCGCGUUCGAUGACGAAUCGCCAAGAUGUACGGGCCAAAAAUAUAUUAUACUAUUAUUAUUUAUUGUAUAAUAUGCUCAAAAUGAUCUAACGAAUUUUAUAUUGUUUACGAGUUUAGUAUAUUAUAUUAUAUU